AUGUGCAAGGUGGUGAUCACGACCCCGUCGCUCGUCUGCCUGCGCCGCACGCUGCGGCGGUGGCGGUCCCGCGCGUCCUCCUCCUCCGACGCCGCGGUGCCGGCGGGGUACGUCGCCGUGUCCGUGCAAGGCGCGGCGCCAUCGUCAUCGGGGCCGAGGCGGUUCGCGGUGCGGGUGGCGCACCUCAGCCACCCGACGUUCCUGGAGCUGCUGCGGCAGGCGGAGGAGGAGUACGGCUUCUCGGCCGUCCCGGGCUCCAUCGCGCUCCCCUGCGACGAGGACCGCUUCCUCGACGUCCUCCGCCGCGUGUCCCCUCCUCCUGUUGCUGCUGCGGGCCCGGCGGCCGCCCGGCGCGGGCGCGGCGACGUGCGGCCGCUGCUGCGGGGCAUGGCCGUCGAGAAGCUCGUCUGGUGA